CUUCAGCCAUUUUGUAUGUGUUGACAUUCACCCGUUGAAUUUGAAGAAAUCGCUGAAAUGGGCGCCGAUAUCUUUAAAUAAUCUCGAACUCGAUUUCUUUCACGUUUUUCGGUAGAAACCAUUGCGGUGUAACUCUUUUAAGCGAUUUACUACAGAAUAUCCUACAUUUAAUUGUUAGUAUUAUUUCAGUCUACUCAGGCCUGCGCAUAAUUUGAGGACGAGCUAAUGGCGGCGAACGCGACACAGCAAGCCGCGACACCGAGCUGGCCGUAUGGUAGUAAUUCAGGUGGAGAGGGCCAAGUCCAUGAGAACCCAGAAUGGGAAAAGGCCAGACAGGCCCUAGCUUCCAUCAGUAAAAAUCAGAACACUUCCAAGACUUCACCAACCGAUCGCACCACCCAACCGACUGGCCAGUAUCAGACAACAGUUACAGACUCCUCUGCAAUGCCACAACAACAACAGCAGUACUAUCAACAGUGGUAUCAACAGAACCAGCAACAGUAUGCUGGUUACCCAUAUCCCUAUAACUACUACUAUCCCAUUUCUCCGUACGGAGGAGCAUAUCCUCCAGGACAGUAUGGUGUUCCAGGGGCAUACCAGACACCCAAAACCCCCACUGGACAGCCCUCUGUCAUGCCUAUGAUGGAAGAUCAGUCCUCCAGUUAUCCUUCCCAACCUCCUCCUCCUGCAACCCCUCAACCUCCACCCCAGAGCCCUACUUCCUCUGACCAGCCUCCACCCCCUCCUCCACCCUCCAUACCUCCCCCACCCAAUGCCCAGUACCCUCCACCUCUGUCCCAGACCCCCUACAGUCCUAACGGAACCCUGCCAUACAGCCCCACUGAUUCAAACCCCAUGCGAGGCUACAAUCAAGGGCCGAUUCGGCCAGGAUACCAGGGUUAUCAGGGUCCUGGAUAUCAGUCCCUUCAGCAGCAGGGUUCAGCACAAGGCCCAUAUGGCGGACCAGGCAGAGUGGAUGCUAAGAAACCUAACAAUAUGAACAAAGGUGGCCAACAGCUGUGGCAACGCAUGACGCAGGCUCCUGGAACUGGUUCCGUCAAAUUUAAUAUACAAAAGCGUCCAUAUGUCAUGGCCAGUCAAAACUUCCCUCCAGGUGAACAGCCCCCGGGACUGUCUUCCACUGCUGCUGACCCCACAUCGUCUGGGUCUGCAGUUGUAACAUCUACCACUUCAGCAGGAAGUGCCCAGACUCGGCCUCAGGACUGGCCACAAGCAAUGAAAGAGUAUGUGCAGCGCUGUUUUACAGCCUGUGAAUCUGAAGAGGAUAAGGAUUGUACAGAAAAAGUGCUGAAAGACAUUCUGCAGUCCAGACUACAGGAUGGCUCUGCUUACACUAUUGACUGGACUAGAGAACCACUGCCAGAUCUGAAGCCAAAGCAGUCUCGCUGGGAACUUGUUGCUCAACGAUCUCAGGACAGUGGUUUGGGGAGAGGUGGAGCCACUCGAGGCAGGGGUGGAGCCAGGCUGGGUAACUAUAGGAAUGUCUUUUCUCAAAGAAGCCCCUCCUCCAGCUCCUCCCACUCAUCCUCAUCACGAUCCCCCUCACCUCACAGUCGCAACAGAGGCAGGAGUAGACAUAACCGCAGUGACUCUGGCUCCCAAACAGACAGCAGCAUGUCAAGUGAUCUUCGUAUUCCCUUGUCCCGGCGGCAGCAAAAGGCUGGCCGAGGCCGUGGGGCAGAUAGGGAGCGAGGAAGAGGAGUUGCUGGAGAGAGAGGCAGAGGAAGGGGCAAAGCAAACAGAGGGCGGAGGAAUAUGGACGAUCCAAGCAGUGGUAUUGGGAAAAAGCGAAAAGGCGGUAAUGCAGGUCUGGACUUUCAUGACCCAAAUCGCGAAGCCAAGAAGCAGAGCAGAGCUGCACGCUUCCACACAAAGCUACGCACUGAGCCCCUUGUAUUAAACAUCAACGUCUUUGACCUGCCCAAUGGCUCCCAGGAAGGACUCAGUUGGGAUGACUGCCCUAUUGUCGGCACCUGCCAGGACAUCACCAAAAACUACUUGCGCCUCACCUGUGCCCCCGACCCAGCAACUGUCAGACCUGUACCUGUGUUGCGGAAGUCUCUGACUGCAGUUAAAACUCAUUGGAAAACAAAACAGGAUUACUUGUAUGCAUGUGAACAAAUGAAAUCAAUACGACAGGACCUCACUGUUCAAGGUGUGCGUACAGACUUCACAGUGGAGGUCUAUGAGACGCAUGCUCGUAUCGCUCUAGAAAAGGGAGAUCAUGAAGAGUUCAACCAAUGCCAGACCCAGCUGAAGGCCUUGUAUAAGGACUGCCCAUCAGACAAUGUUGGAGAAUUCACUGCCUACAGGCUUAUAUACUUCAUCUUUACUAAGAACUCUGGAGACCUUACAACUGAGCUUGUGUACCUGACUCCUGAGCUUCGUGCUGAUCCAUGUGUAGCUCAUGCUCUUGAGCUCCGUACAGCCUGGGCGCUUGGAAACUUCCACCGGUUCUUCAAACUGUAUCGUCAAGCUCCGCGUAUGACUUCUUACCUUAUUGACAAGUUUGCGGAGCGUGAAAGGAAUUUGGCGCUGAGGGCCAUUCUUAAAACGUUCAGGCCCUCUGUGUCGGUGGAGUAUGUGCAGUCCAGCUUGGCAUUCCCAGAUUUAGACUCAUGUUUAGAAUUUCUAACUGGGCUUGGGGUUACAUUCAUCCCCUCUGACCCUAGUAAAAUAGAUUGUAAAGUCAGCUCAGCUUGUCUGUCCACCUCUUAGUAUCAGGAAAGUGGGAGGGCAAGGGAAUUUUCACUUAUAGAGCUUACAAGUCCACAGACUGGAAGGGACCAGAUAUUUGAAUAAUAGACACACGCGCAUGCACACACUUAGUCUAUAGCUUAUAUUUAUAAGAGAUCUCUGAUAUUUCUAACUCUUGUAGAGUGAAAGACAUUCUGAUUGAGACAAGCAGUUAAUAGAUCCAUAUACAGUUACUUAGGUGCCAAUUCAUGACCCAUUAUAGCCUGUUCACACAGCCCAUUUAGUGAAGUAUUUGGCAACAAGGACUUAAGGGGCAGAAUUAGUUUGCAGUUUGUCUUAUCAACAUGGAGGAAAGAUCAGAUGGGGUCAGCUCAGCAGUCAGAGAGUUUCAGACAGCUGAAAGAAAAGACUUAGUCUCCCGCACCACAGACCUCAGAAUUUUCAAGCUAACAGUGUUCUGUGUUCUCAUGUUUCUCUCCUUUCAAGCAAACAGCCACAAAGCUCAAGACCUGAAAACAACAGCAAUAAGGGAAAGGUUGAAUAUAAUUUGAGCCACUUUACACCGACAACAUACCAUCUGAUUAGGUCUAUGAGAAGACAAAGGCUACUGCUGCAGGACGUCUUUUCCAGAACAACCCAAGUUCACAUUGUCAUCUUUAAUGGACAUUGCCAAGUGAGCUGCCUGGCAAUCCUGUGAUUUGCAAGAAGAGGAUGGUUUGUAUGCCCUGUCUUUUUCUUUGCCUGAGAUGUCUACAGUAAGUCAGUGGAGUUGGAGGUACUCCGUUAGCUCCUGCAUCACUUCAGCUCUGAUAUCUUCAUGCCAGUAUAGCCCAAAAGAUUCGGACUGAGAUAUGUAACAAGAUGAUCACCUCCAGAAAUGCUGAUAGGCCUCCUUCCACACCAUCACUUGUCUCCCCUCUUACACAGUCUCUAUUCGCCCUACUACAAAUGAUAUGGCAUCUCAAAACUCAAGAAGCUGGGCUUCGAUAGUUAUAUUGCCCUUGUUUUCUCAACACACAGAGAGCACAGCUCAAUGAAAUGGCUGCAGCCAAUCAGUGACUCACAGCCUUAGAAAAUGUUCUCCUUUCCAGCUGUGAUCUGAAUCUGCUCAACCGUUUUAAAGUCAUCCUGGUCCAUAUAUGGCAUGCUUACACCACCGAGUUUAACCACCAGCAGCUUUUCACUGGAGAGUGUCCUCUCAUGCACCACCCAACAUAGAUGUCCCAACAUGCAAUCACCCUGACCAAGUUCAGUCGUUCUGCAGUAAAAGCAAGAUGGCUGUUGUUUCCUGUGUUCUCUUCAGAUGGUGAUCUCAACUCAGGGCAUUCUUUGUCCUUUUUGGAUUUGGAAACGGAUGGGUUUGUAUGGCUGUGUCCCCCUUUUGCUUUGGGCAACAUCCACUUGAAAGCUUAUAAUGUAUGUGUUGCUGGUAAGAAGGACUGGAAAAAGGAUGCUCAGCUUUUUUGCUGAGGUAUUAUCCAAUGUCAAGCAUUUUGUUCAAUAGUGUUGUUUUUACCCAGCUGACUGGUUGUAAAUUUAGCAUAAUGUGUCAUUGUGAAAUAGGCCCUAUUAUUACUGUUGCACUCCGCCUUCACAAGAUUGAAGAAUUUGUGACACCAAGAGAUCUGUACAAAUGAUUUACAGAGUAAUCUAAUUGAUCUGCGUUUUGAAUGGAUAUUGCUGUGAUGCAGUAGUAAAUCUCAAAGAUUUUUACAGUAUAAUGGCCAUAAUAUUAGACUCUUGCUGAGAGAAGCAUUGAUGGUGUACCAACUCAAAGUCUUAUGCUGAAAAUCUUAUGCUCCAUGGUCUGUAAUAGACUAAAAUCUGUUGCUCGCAUUGCAAACAUGCAAGGACCCUUUUAGCAUUUUUGGUGUUGAAGUAAAUCGAUUUAUUUAAUGUGGUAAUUUAAAAUUCAGCCAGCAUGGAUAGAGCUUGGAACUGAAUUAUGUGUGCUUUAGCAAGAUGGUUUUGCUCAGGGUUGCUAAAAGAUCCAACGAGUCAUUGGUAAAGUGUGUACAUAUGUGAUAAUGUAAAUAAUGUGCAGAGUGAGAUUUAUUUCUCUUUAUAUAGUACUUUUGUUUAUUAGUUAUUGUUUGUUUUACAAUGGUAAGUCAUUUUGAUCCAUACAGAAAUUUUGAUGCCAUUUUUUUAAAGAUUUUAUGUAAUUUCUUGUGUGGUGAGCAUGUGCACACUUUGCAAACAAGUUAAAUUAGUUUGAAAUGUUAAAUUAAUUCUAAAAUUGCUUGGUCCCCUGGACAAAAUAUAAAAUGUGUUGCUCAGGCUGCAUUUAGUAUAUACAAACUCAUAAUGGAGACAGGGAUUUCAUGAAUGAAUAAUAUCCCAAAUCUUUCCCUUGUUGGUCAUAACCAAAAAGCACUGGUCACUGUUUCUGUCACUUUGUUCUUUGUUAUUCUGUUCUCAGCACCUCCCUACCCAUUCUGUUAAUCAAUCUUUAUCUUUUCAGUUGCUGCCUCUUUCCUCCUCUCAGCUUUUUCUUGCUAAAAUCAUGCCUUUUAACAGAACCCUGAUCAUGUCUGUUAUGAGACACCAAAAUGUCCAUACAACAAGUGAAAGAUUUGGUCAAAGGACAAUUUCACACCUUAUGAAAAUUAAGACACAGAUUAUUGUUUGGGCAAAAAUGCAUUGAUCCUUUCUAAUGUAACUUCCCUUAAUUGAUUUGAGGUCAAAUGAAGUUGGGGCAAACGUUAAAGCUUUUCAAACAUAGUUGAGCAAUGUUUUUUGUUCAGUUGUGUUCAUUUUGACUGCUUAAUUUUAUUGGAAUACUUGUAUUUGAUUCUCCCUUGAUUAACCACUUGAUGAUAAAUACUGGUUUACUGUAAAUGACAUUGCCACACUGACUCUGUUCUCUCCUUCUCAACCUUUUCUUCCAACCCCUCCCACCCCCUGUUCUCCUCUCUCCUCCUGCACUCCAUUACCAGAUUCUCUUUUCUUGCAGUCAUGCAAAAAUGGAGCAAAGCAAGAGAUAAAAAGAUGAGGGCAUACUGGAAAAUGGGCAUUGAGACAUCCAGACAUCGGCUUAUUGAGAUUGCUUAUGCCUGUUGUUGUCUGACAAAUCUGUCUUUUUAAGAAAAAUUGAUUUUGAUUUGCAAUGUUGUCUUUUUUGUUUUUUUUUACCACUAAUUUCAAAGCCUUUAUACCAGAGCAUCUUGUCAGCAUAAAUACCAUCUCAAUGUAUAUAGUCCUAUUCAUCUGCUGUAUGUUCAGUUAUGCCAUGUGUCCAUUCUUGUUAAUGCUUGAUUUUUCUCUGCAUUGGUAGCGGAUUUAUUUUCUGCUUUAGAAUAUUUUGUUGCUGUUGGUUAUUGCUGUAUUGGUUAAGUUUAGGCUUUCUGUUUUGUGAUAUGAACUGAAUAUAUUUCUAGUGUUUAACUUUGAUUUAAUAUAAGCAGUAGAAUGGCAUGCUGGACAUUCCUGGACAUACAGAUAGUUACAGCCCUUUUGUGCCCUAAAUACAUUACUUGAUUUUGGCCUUUAAAACCAAUUUAGUGUCCCAAGAAAUAUCAGCCAUCUAAAAUUAAGCCACUAGUUUUUUUUUUGUUUUUUUUAUGUAUCUUUAGCUUUUACUGUUGAACUGUUAUAUUUGAUGUGUAUUGUUUUCACAGCUACAUUACUAACAGCUCCGUCUGUCUCUUCAAAUGUUGCCUGUCCUCUUGAACCCCUAAUUUCUUCUACACUUUCUUAUGCAUCAGGCUCUUUGUUUUUAGUUUUUUUAGUUUUUUCGAUUUAUAAGUGAUGAUCUCUCCUUACUAGAUCAUUUGAACUUCUAGCCAUUUAUUGACUGCUUUUGGUUUCCAUCUAUUCUUUUUCUUCAGCCAUAUAUACCCUCUAUACUUCUUUCUGCCUAUUCCUAUCUCUUUUCUCUGUGUAUUGUGUUCUGUAAUGCAAUGUUGCGAUUGUGGGUUGGUUUACAUGUGGUCAGUGCUUGCCAGUAAGUAUUUCCACAGGACUGUGCUUGCAACUAUUUUCUUUUACAGCUCAUCCUCAAACCCAUGAAGCUAAAUAUCUCGGCCCUGAUUAAAUCUCCAAAUGUUGUACAUUGGAGUUCACAGUGAAUAUACUGCCAUUUGUAGAUGCUGUACAUAAUGUAUUUACUUUCAUAUCUUGAGGAAAAAUAAAGAAUUUAAAUCA